CUUUACGUGUUUCCUGUAGAUGGGAAUGUGCGUGUAAAUAUCAACUUUAAUUGCAUCAGAAAGAAACUUUAAUUGUAUUUAGUACGUAAUAUAAUUUAUGACCAUUUGAAAAUGCUGCUGUUUUGUCCGACAUGUGGGAAUGUGUUAAUCGUGGAAGAAGGACAGCGAUGCUUUAGAUUCGCGUGUAACACAUGUCCAUAUGUGCACAACAUCACAAGGAAGGUAAACAACAGAAAGUACCCCAAACUGAAGGAGGUUGAUGAUGUUCUUGGAGGAUCUGCUGCUUGGGAAAAUGUGGAUUCCACUGCAGAACCCUGUCCAAAAUGUGAGCAUCCAAGGGCUUAUUUCAUGCAGAUUCAAACCAGAUCUGCUGAUGAACCAAUGACAACUUUCUACAAAUGCUGCAAUAUACAGUGUGGCCAUCGAUGGAGAGACUAAAUCUAGACUUUGUUUGUGGAAUAGCAGAGAAUUGUAUUUAAUUGUUGGAACCUCAUCAUCAUUUGUAUAAAUUAAAACCCUCAGAUGCUCUUUAAACUUUAUUUCCACCAUCUAGAAGCUUUGUAACAUUAGGUUGUGUGCAAUAACCAGAUGAUUUACUUCCCUUUUUUGGUGUGUAUGUGUGAAAGUAAUAAAACAGAUGCUCAUAUUUGA